AUGAGUGCCGCAGUCGGGCGCCGAUUCACCCCAUCGUCCGGCCACGGCCACCAGCUGGGCCAUCACCACCACCCACGUCCGCGCUCCUUCUCACGUUCCUCCUCAUCCCCUUCGCCCCCUACCUCGCCGCGGACACGCACCCACGGGCUACCAGAGAAGAAGCGUACCUCGUCGCGCACCGGUCGCCGACCGCAGCCACAGUCCAAUCCUUCCUUUCAUUAUGCAGGCAGUGCGAGUUCAGCUGCAUUCGUCGCAUCGGACGAGGAAGGCAGCGACCGCUUCGUGACACUCCACCCAGACGACACCGAGGUCGAGCACCGCCGGGCCCCGCCCAUGCGGUCCAGUCCAAUACCGCGACCCGUACCCCACCCCCGUGCAAUGACGCCGCGCAUACCCGCCGACGUCGCCGCCCAUCCCUUGUCUCCCCGGCACACCCUCCUCCCACACACUUUCAAGGCCGGUCCACUGGCAUUCACACUCACACGCAAGCGGGCCGAGGACGCGAUACUGCUAGGCGCUGUCGUCGCGGGCAUCACCAAGCUCACAUACACGUGGAAAGAGGUCGCACUUGCAGGCGAACUCACUACACUCCUCGUCCUGAGUGUCGCGUACGUUGCAUUGCGCGUGCGCCCGGUCGAAACACCCGCAUCACCAAGCCGCUCAUCUCUCCCCUUGGGCGUGGCCAACCUCCGCGAGCGCUCCUCUCGACGAAACAGCCAGGCAUUUCCAACUGCCCAGCCAAAGGAGGACGACGGGCCCGUUGGAAUAGGCAGUCGAGGAUGCAUCUGGGGCACCGAAGAGCGCGAGUACCGUGAGUGCCUCGACGACGGCGCACUCUUCGCGCUCCUCCUCUCUCCCUUGACUGCUGCGGCGAUGCUGCAUGGUGCGCUCACGCGUCUCGCUGCGCAGCCACCCACGGCUACCCUCCCCGGUUGGGCGAUCGAGCAGCCGCUCAUCAUCCCGAGCACGCCCGUCCGGCGCAUUACCGACAAGAUCCCUGGACCCGUCGCGCCUGGGUCUGAAGGGGACGCGAUCCGCGGGCUCAGCGCACUCGCGAUUGCCCGACGCAACCUCGUGCAGCUCUUCACGCUGUUAUCAUUCGUGCUUCUCAUCCAGCUCACCCACUCGCUGCGGCACGAGAUCAAGCUCGCACGUGCGGUUCCCGGCUCGCCGACGAUGGGCAGCGGGAGCGAGAGCGAUACGCCGUCGCGUCCACAAAGGGCGUACUGGCGCAAGUACGGCGAGUGGCGGCGCAACCGCUCCGUUAUUGCGUUCGCGUUCUUCGUCACCGGCUGCUGCGUUGUCGUCAAGAUCGCAACCGCCUACAUUGGCCAUGGCGUCUGGAGCGACAUGUCGCACUCCGACAUUGUGAUCGCAACGCUCUUCUAUCAGUUCUGCCUCUAUGUGUGUGUGCGCCUAGCGCGCCGUGGCUUCACGCUUGGUGAGCUCGGCAUCGUCACGCACGCCGCCACGGCUCUCUUCAUGGAGACUGUCAACAUGACGCGCUCCAAGAUCCCCAUCUUUUCCGAGUCGUACAUCAAGACGUACCGCCUUCCCACACCACUCCUCAUCUUUCAGCUCGCUCUGAUUCCGGGCUCGCUGCUGACAGGCUUCCUCCUGUCGCCGCUACUGUACCUGAGCCGCAACAUGGCACAGCGGCCAAUACAUCGCCUGCGCUUCCCGCACGAGAAGCCGGCGCACCGUCGCCUCCUCGCUCUCGGCUUCUAUGCGGGCACGGCGCUCGUCGUCGUGGGUGUAGUGGGCAUGUGGGCGCGCUGGAUGCUCGGACGCCGAGACCCGUGGUUCUGGGCGCUGCGGUUUAUCGUCGCGGGCCCACACAUGUGGACGCGCCCAGUAUUACUCGCAUACUGGGGCGGCCUGGCGCUGUUUUCCGUAGCCGCGUGGCAGCGGCAGCUGACGCGCGCGCGGCGGCACAGGACCUACGCGGUGUCGCGGGACAGCACAUCCUCCACAGUCAGCCCUGAGCCGAGCGUUGCCACACAGAUGAUGGACCGUGCAGACCAGAGCAUGUGGACUCUCAGUGUCAACGCGCGCCGCAAGAGUUUCCACUUCCUCGCGGUGGCCAUGUUCAUCCCUGGCGUGACGUUCGACCCAGCGUUCACGCACCUGAGCUUCUCGGUCGCCUUCGCUGCGUUCACGUUCGCGGAGUAUGUGCGCUACUUUGCCCUGUGGCCGCUCGGCGCGAGCGUGCACCUCUUCCUCAACGAGUUUAUCGACCAUAAGGACUCUGGCACGGCGAUCCUGAGCCACUUUUACCUGCUUGCAGGCUGUGCCACACCAUUGUGGCUCGAGGGCCCUUCUCAGAUACUGGCGCACUUUGGCGUAGUUUCGCUCGGCAUUGGAGACGCGAUGGCGUCCAUCGUCGGGCGCAAGAUCGGCUACUUGCGCUGGUCUCCCGUGAGCGGCAAGACAGCUGAGGGCAGUUUGGGCUUCCUCGUCUCUGUCGUCGGCGCCGCAUUGGCGAUGUGGUUGGUUGGCGCUGUCGAGCGCUUAGCUCUGCUGCCAUUUGUGCUCACUACGGCGCUGGUGACGCUGCUCGAGGCCUUCAGCGCACAGAACGACAAUCUCGUGUUGCCAGUGUAUGGGUGGGCUAUUGGCACGCUGCUGGGAGUGUAG